GUGCGGUUAUUGUCGGGAUACCUAUUGUAUACUUACUGGGCUUGGUCGAGCGACCUCCUACCUAACAGGCCGGUGGAGACUUGGAUUUUCAACUAUGGGGAUCAGGCCCCCUGGUCUAGCCUUGAAACCACCGAUUCAGCCCGUCAGCCACGCCUCUAA